CGUUCCUCCUCCCCCGCCCCCCCCACCGCAGGCGGUGGGGCUGAGGUGCUGUCAUGGCGGACCCGGCGGCUCCCGGCCGGUUGGAAAGAGACGCUGGAAAUCUAGGGGUACAGGAGGCGGCGGGGCCUGGAGGAGCCCUGGUGGAGCUCACCCCGACCCCAGGCGGCCUGGCUCUUGUGAGCCCCUACCACACCAACAGGGUCGGGGACCCUUUAGACCUCGUGGCGCUCGCCGAGCAGGUACAAAAGGCUGAUGAAUUCAUCCGAGCAAAUGCUACUAACAAGCUGACAGUCAUUGCUGAGCAAAUCCAACAUUUGCAAGAACAAGCUAGGAAGGUACUGGAAGAUGCUCGCAGAGAUGCUGACUUGCACCACGCGGCUUGCAAUAUGGUGAAAAAACCUGGCAACAUUUACUAUCUUUACCAGCGGGAAAGUGGCCAACAGUACUUUUCCAUCAUUUCUCCAGAGGAAUGGGGAGCAGGCUGUCCCCAUGACUUCCUUGGUGCCUACAAGCUGCAACAUGACAUGUCGUGGACUCCAUAUGAAGAUAUUGAGAAGCAAGAUGCUAAAAUUGGCAUGAUGGACAAGCUGCUGAACCAGCCCAUGGCCUUGCCCCCAUGCACUGAACCCACCUUCCAGGGACUAACUCACUGAGUAUGGCUCAGACUAGCAGCCCUCAUGACAAAGGCCUGACCACUACCACCUCCUUGUCCACAUUCUCUUCCAUGGUGUGGGGGUUGGGGGUGGGGUGGGGCUCAUGAGGACUGUGGGUUUUCGGGUGAAUCAUGAACUUCCUAGGAGGAGACCGUGGUGAAUGUAGAUGCUAUGUCUGCUGUCAGUUGGGUUAGUAAGGAAUCGCAGAACUCCUGUGGGAUCUUCGUGGGUUCACUGAUGCCCACUUACUCUGUUUCAAAGGAUUGGCUAGUGCUUUCCUUCACCUCCAGCUCUUCCUCCCUUAAGUCAAAACACUGGAGAAGGAAGAGCCUUCUGCCCCCAGCAAGUUGGUGGGUCAUUUUCCAAGAGGAACUGUUUUCCUGUCUCAUGUCAGGUUGGUGUUGAAGCGGUCUUCAGAGGUGCCGUGCCAAUCUGAGGUUGAUUCAGGAAUUCCAGUGUUGCCUGCAGAGGAUUAAAAGAAACAACAGACAAA